AGAGGGAGGGGGAGAGGGAGAGAGGGACACUAGAGAGGCAGCAGUACCGGACAGGUAGCGCCGGCACCCGGAGCGGCUUUGGACCAAGACGGCGCCGGCUCUCUCUCGCUCCUGCCCGACCCUCGGCGCUGCUUGGAUUGUACGUGGAGGGGACUCGGGAGAGAGCAGGGGGAGAAGGAAGCGGUGGCUUCAUCAGGGAGAGACACCGACACACACACACACACACACACACACCCAACGUCGGCAUGUCGGCCACAAGUCUCCAGCCAUGCCCGCCGCUGCCGCUCGCCGCCGCGCCACUGGUCUGAGCGCCGCCACUGUUCCUGCAAACACUUCUUCCCUGUACUGGAGCGGAGACAGCAGCCGAGUGGAGGGCAGGCAGGCAGGGGCGUGUGGGCAAGGGGGAUGGCGGGCAUCGCUCUACAACUGUCUCUCUGACCGCAUCGCUGGUAUUUCUGCAAACUUGUUGCCCGCUCAACACACGCCCACACUCUGCGCCGCCCGACUCUCCCUCUCUCUCUGUCUGUCUGUCUGCCUCUGGCUGCAACCCCGCGAAUGGACAUUGUGGUCAAAUAACCGCCGCUCCUUGGAAGAGGCAAGGCGGCUGUUGCCGAGCGCCUGGGUCGCUGCGAUGUGGCUCACACGGGGAACACACUGAUCGAUCCGGGUUUGGAGAAAUUCGACCUGAAGCUGCGCCAGUCCCGGGACAUCUCUCCCCGCUUCACCCUCGCCUCACGCUUAGACUGUGCUGACCAAGAGGGAUCCCUGGCUCCACAUACUACACUGUCGGCUUGGAUUUAUUUGGUGGUCGCCUCGCCGGAGAGAUAUGCGGGGCGUUGCGGAGGUGGCACACAGAGCGCUGGAGUCGGCUUUGAAAGGUACCAUGGCCUUGACGUCUCUACUCCUCGCCCUCACCUUCCUGUCCGGCUGUAAACAGGCCGUGGUCGAGGCCAACUCUUGGUGGUCUUUAGCCAUGAACCCGAUUCAGAUACCUGAGGUGUACAUCAUUGGAGCCCAGCCUCUGUGUAGCCAGCUGGCCGGCCUUUCCCAAGGCCAGAAGAAGCUGUGCCAACUCUACCGAGAUCACAUGCAGUAUAUCGGAGAGGGUGCAAAAACCGGCAUCAAGGAAUGUCAACAUCAGUUCAGGCAUCGCCGGUGGAACUGCAGCACGGUGGACAACACGUCUGUCUUUGGCAGGGUCAUGCAGAUAGGGAGCCGCGAGACGGCCUUCACGUACGGGGUUUCUGCAGCGGGAGUGGUGCACGCCAUCAGUCGCGCGUGUCGCGAGGGAGAGCUGGCGACCUGCGGCUGCAGCCGGGCAGCGAGACCCAAGGAUUUACCUCGAGACUGGCUAUGGGGCGGCUGCGGAGACAAUGUGGAGUACGGCUACAGGUUUGCCAAGGAGUUCGUGGAUGCCAGGGAGAGGGAGAAAAUCUACCAGAAAGGAACUUAUGACAGUGCCAGGACAUUUAUGAACCUGCAUAACAAUGAAGCUGGAAGAAGGACGGUGUACAACCUGGCGGACGUGGCGUGCAAGUGCCACGGGGUGUCGGGCUCGUGCAGCCUGAAGACGUGCUGGCUACAGUUGGCGGAUUUCCGCAAGGUGGGCGACUCGCUGAAGGAGAAGUACGACAGCGCCACGGCCAUGAAACUGAACGGGCGCGGCAAGCUGGUGCAGGUGAACAGCCGCUUCAACCCGCCCACCACCCUGGACCUGGUGUACGUGGACCAGAGCCCCGACUACUGUAUCCGUAACCAGACCACCGGCUCCCUCGGCACGCAGGGCCGCCUGUGCAACAAGACAUCAGAGGGCAUGGACGGCUGUGCGCUCAUGUGUUGCGGACGUGGGUACGACCAGUUUAAGACAGUCCGUACUGAGCGCUGUCACUGCAAGUUCCACUGGUGUUGUUACGUCAAAUGCAAAAAGUGCACCGAGGUGGUGGACCAGUUCGUCUGCAAAUAACACCCUCCCCCCC